ACUUACUAGCUGAUAUGGUAUAUAUUUGACUAACUUCAUUUGCUUCAUAUAUCUAAGAUGCAGGAUCUAAUGGCUCUGAUGUUCGACAAAUAUGCACGGUGAUAAGCAGGCCGGACGAAGUCAGGAUUAUGAUUUUGAAGGGGCCAAGUGCUCAAUCCGCUAGAAUAACUUUCAACAACAACUGUACAUAUACCAUUUGGCUAGGAACCCUAACCACUAAUCAGAAACCUCAACUAUCAACAACUAGAUUUGAGUUAGCACCCAAAGCUACAUCCAGAUCACUAGAUGUCCAAGCUCCAUGGAAUGGCCGGUUUUGGGCACGAACUGGUUGCUCCAUGGACGCCUCAGGAAAGUUCUCUUGCUCUACUGCGAAUUGUGACUCUGGCCAAGUUGCAUGCAAUGGCAAUGGUGCCAUGCCGCCAGCGUCUUUGGUAGAAAUCACCAUAGCAGAGAAUGGUGGUCAAGACUUUUACGAUGUCAGCCUUGUCAACGGCUUCAACCUGCCUAUUUCAGUGAGCAUAGAAGGCGGGAGCGGUGAUUGCAAGACCUCGAGUUGUCCGGCCAAUGUGAACGCAGUUUGCCCAGUAGAGCUGCAAGUGAAAGAUGGGAAUGGGAGCGUGAUUGCAUGCAAGAGCGCAUGCAUAGCAUUCAAUCAGCCACAAUACUGCUGUACUAGAAAUUUCAAUACUCCAGUUUCUUGUCCUCCCACAAACUAUUCCAGGAUCUUCAAGGACCAGUGCCCUCAAGCUUAUAGCUAUGCUUAUAAUGAUGCGAAUAGCACCUUCACCUGCUCCGGUGCACCUAAUUACGUUAUCACUUUCUGCCCUUGAAUAACGUCUAGCUUGAUCAUGAGAUGAGAUCAAGAGUUAUGCA